AUGGCACGAGACGUUCCUGGUGCACAGAUCAGCACGGCUGUGUUCAGGCUGGUGCUGAUGUCGGUGCCGACGGAGAAGAUGAGCCUGACCACUCUGCAGGAAGAAGCUUCGCCGCUUCCUGCUGAGUGUGCAUGCACUCCAGAACCGGGACAUACCCUUAUGACUGAUGCACUCUCCCCAGAGGACAUGCGGCUUCUUUUUCAACUACAGGUCCGGAACAGCGAGUUGAGAUCCGCGUUGAAUUUGGAGGAGGAGGAGCUGCCCCAGGUGGACUCUCAGACCGAUGAAUUCGUGGAGCAGCUGAGGCAAGUUGCUGCAGAAGGGCAUGGGCUCGAGUCUGAGCUGCAGUCCUUGGAGCAGGAGCUUGUGAAGAUGACUCCCAAGCUCACCGAGGCGGGCGGGGCGGUCUUUUGCAGGCACAGUUAUCGAAAGUGGACCGCCAGGAGGCAGUCAAGCAACAUGCGGAAGGCCAUGAAGCUGCAGCUCUUCGAAGGCAUCCUUCGAACUGUCCGUGAGCAUGUUUGCGCCUUCCUCCCAGGUUCAACAAAAGCUGGAGUUGCAGAAAGUUUUGAGAGACGAGCCUUUAUCACGGUGCCACAGACCGAGCCAUGCCGUCCAAGCAUGGACACUGGGGAGGCUGGGCUUUUCCUGGUCGAGCUGGCGGAGGUUGCAGUCUUUGCAGACCCGCCGAAGUCAGUCGACCAGAGUGAGUACGAUGCUUCCAGCUGCUACGGAGGUCCUGGUCCGGGACCUGAGUUGGGCCGACUCUACAAGGGUGACAUCGUGGCUGCCCAGGCAUGUGACGCAGCUUCACCAAGCGAGGAUUGGCUGCGUCUUCUGUUUGACAAUCCUGUGAGACGUCUGGUGGUCUUGGGAAGCACAUGGCACUCCGAGGAUUCAGAGGAGCAGCUUGGAUCCACAGACCAAGAGUCAGACGACAGUCAAGAGGAUGGGACACGUCUUGCCAGAGUGGAAGGAGCGAGUUGCCUUGCUGGUGGUUACGUGCUGCGGCGGCAUGUCCUGGUAGGCAGCAUGCUGACUUGGGCCGGCCCAUUGAGACCACAAGUAGGAGCAGAAGUCUGCAACGGUGACAAGGACCUUCCACAGGAGGCUGGUCUCUGGCCCCGGGAUGUGCUUGAAAGAUUUCGGGCGACCGGAGUCCGUCCGCAGUGGCAUGACGCACCAGGUGAAGAUGCCCUCGCACUGUAUGGCGAGAUGACACGGCACCAGGUGGAGGAAGGACUGCGAUCAACUGCCAUGUUCCUUUCCAGAGCCGAGGCGGUACUCGUCGUUGUGGGCGAAAUGUCCGCGGACUCUGCAGCCUCCCACGCCCCAGGACGUGAGAGAUGGCAAGGUUUGUUUGACGACUACACCUUCGAGCAGAUGUGCACGAGACAAGCAUUCGUGGAGUCUCCCGAGUCGGCCUGGGACUUUUGGCUACACGUAUGUCGUUCGUGUCGACAAGCGGCUCCCCACACCGGCUCCGGCUACGACAUCCUGGCGUCCCUUUGCGACGAAUCGCAAGGCCCUGGUGCUCUCCGAGUGGCUUUAGGAUCUUUCGUUGUGACAACUUGCUGGGAUGGUCUUGCUGCCUCGACCCUGCCCGACGAGUUUCUGUGGGAAUCCCAUGGAACAGUACAGGAGCUUCGCUGCUCCGGCGCCUGCUUGCAGACUUGGCCCGUUCCUGAGGAGUUGCUCGAGAGCAAGCGACGCAGCUUACCAACUUGCCCGAGGUGCGGCGAGCCUGCCUUGCCGGGAAUCCGCUUAAAUGAUGAGACGGAGUUCCGGACUAUUGCCAGCCGGGCUCAAGAAGCUCGCUUCCUGGCGUGGCACAAGCGAUGCUCAGCUGCCAGCCAGAUCCUCGUACUGGAGAUUGGUUGCAGCCCCGGCUCCGAAGGCAGACGCAGGGCCGAAGCCUUUGCAGGAGACUUUGAUGCUACACGAGUGAGGUUCGUCCGCUUGAACCGGCACUUCCCUGCGCUGCCUCGGCGGCACAGUGGCCGUGGGGUAGCCCUGCCGCUGUGCAGCGAUGCGCUGAGCCGCCUCAAGGCGUUGAUGUCUGCUCUGGAGAUGGGGGCCUUCGUGUUUCAGGACUCUCAUGGCAUGGGUGCCGAAGUUGUUGUACGGCGGGACGCACCAGUGGAGUUCGCAUUCAGGAAAGCUACGCAUCUCUCCACCCAUGGCCAGACCGCAGAUGUUGGUUUCAAGGCUUCCAGUGUGCUCCACGAACAUCGAACUGCGGAGCUUGGACCGAAGGAGACAGUGAAGAAGGACUUCUUCUUCUCGGACCGAGAUGCUGUGCCGCCUGUUGUGCGCAUCGUGGUGACCAAUUUCUUUUUCCACGAUCGAAACCGUCUUUUGCAAGAGCGACUGCGCCAAGUUUGGAGCCUCAUCAAGGACCUUGUUGAAGCUUUCCAAGCACAUGAAUACCAAGAGAAGUUCGAGGCUGCUCGCCGGGUUGCGCCCAUGUGUCUUGCUAUACUGGCGCUUUGCAUUCGGGAGUCGCGGACAGCAUCCUUUAGAACCUCUUGA